GAAAAUGGCUACCAUCUCUACACGGCUCGUCAACUCAAGCAUAAGAAAGCUUCGUUUAGUAGCCUGUGGUGUUGCUAAGCGCAGACUGUACCAGACUGUUUCUGCUGCAAGUCACAUUACUGGGAGUGGUGGUGAAAACAAACAGAAGUUUAGACCGACAACUCUUCAACCAAGAUAUUUUCAAACAUCUUCAGCACUUCAAGAUGUUGUGCAGUUCAAGUUGUCCGAUAUUGGUGAAGGGAUCAGAGAGGUCAUCAUCAAGGAAUGGUAUGUUUCUGAAGGUGACAAGGUCGCUCAGUUUGACAGCAUCUGUGAAGUUCAGAGUGACAAGGCAUCCGUGACUAUAACCAGUCGCUAUGAUGGCAUCAUCAAGAAACUCCACUAUGAAGUGGAUGGUACAGCAUUGGUGGGUGAAGCAUUGGUGGACAUUGAGACAGAAGGCACCACCAGUCACAAGCAGGAGGAAGAUGUUGAAGUAGAUAUCUCUAGCAAGGAACUGCGGCUUGAGGACCACUCCAUGCAGAUGACCACAUCUGGCCGCAAAGUGCUGGCAACACCAGCAGUCAGACGACUGGCCAUGGAAAACAAGAUACAUCUGAAAGAUGUGGAGGGCCCGGGGAAAGAUGGACGCAUCCUGAAGGAGGAUAUCACAAGAUACAUUGAAAGUCUGGAUCAUGGUGUUUCUGCAUUUACAGGCAAACAAGCUGCUCCCCAAGCCCCCACUUCACCACCCCAGGCAGACAGGGCACCUGCACCCACCCCACCCCCAGUCCUGAGAACCCCAGCUCCAGUGGGAAAGGACUACACCCAGCCAAUCAAAGGCAUGCAGAAGGCUAUGGUGAAGACAAUGAGCAUGGCUCUCAAGAUUCCGCAUUUUGGAUAUUAUGAUGAAAUUGAUGUCACCACACUUGUCAAUCUCAGGAAAGAUCUUAAGAAGGUUGCAGAAAAAAGAGGCAUCAAGUUUUCAUACAUGCCAGUAUUUAUCAAGGCAGCAUCCCUGGCCUUGAGUCAGUUCCCUAUUCUAAAUUCCAGCAUUGAUGACAAAGUAGAAAACAUCAUCGUCAAGGCUUCUCAUAAUAUUGGUGUUGCCAUGGAUACAGCGGAUGGCCUAACUGUUCCGAAUAUCAAAAAUGUUCAAUCACAGAGCAUCUUUGAGCUUGCAGCGGAAUUGAAUCGGCUACAGCAGUUAGGAUCAGCUGGGAAACUUGGCACUGCUGAACUCACUGGUGGAACCUUCUCCUUGUCAAACAUAGGAUCAAUUGGAGGGACCUAUGCUAGGCCUGUGAUCCUUCCUCCUGAAGUUGCCAUUGGUGCUAUAGGCAGGAUACAGGCUGUACCUCGUUUUGACCGAGAUGGCAAUGUUCGUAAAGCUCAUAUCAUGCAAGUGAGCUGGUCUGCUGAUCAUCGAAUCAUAGAUGGUGCCACCAUGGCUCGAUUCUCCAACCUUUGGAAGAUGUAUUUGGAGAACCCGACAACGAUGAUAUUAGAUCUGAAAUGAUGUGAUAUGUACAUAGUAUUCUCAUGAUCUUACUCAUGGCAACUCAGACAGCGUCACUUUUCCAAAUUCAAUAUGGGCACAAAGUCAGUGGUGUUUGAGUACAAUCAAAAAGGCUAGGUAUGCUCCAUCAUAUUACUCAGGAAAUGCAGUCACUUGUGGAAUAGCUUGUACAGACUUAGCAGGGUCAAUGAAGGUGCUCAUGAGAAGACAUCAUACUACACUUGGACACAUUUUAGAGAAUUAUCUGGAUGCUUUCUGAACACGAUUAGGUGUUCCAAAUGCCUGUGAUAUGGCAAUGAAACUCUUGUUGAAGGUACCGGUAAUAUGUAUGCGCAAGGGAGGUAAUGCAGAGACUUCCAAAUUACUUCCCCUUGAUAUCUUUUCAAAAUAUUAUCUGUACAACCAUGUAACAGAACAAGCCAUGUUUGUAUAUAAAACUUGCUAAGAUGUAUAUAUAGUUUGUAUAGAGUGUGUAUGGCAGAUUAUUGAAUUACCAUGGUUACUGAUAGUUAAAAUGGAGUAAUCUGUCCGGAAUACCUGACUCACCUGUCUCUCAGAUGUAUGUUGUACUGAUUCUCUAGAGCAGUAAUGCAUUGGACAAAUUGAUCAAAUAGUUGCAAGCAUGCAUUGUUGUGUAAAUGGAGGCUCUCUUUUACUGUAAACCCAUGGAGAUCUGGGUUAGAAUUGAUCUUCAGCAUCUCAUGCUUGUCAUAAGAGGCAACUAACAGGAUCGGAUGGUCAGACUUGCUGAUUU